AUGGCUGCCUAUACGCAGCAGCUCCUCGUCUGCACAGGGAAGCGGGAUUGGACGAGUCGCAUUGAUGAAGAUGGCGAGAAUGAAGGCUGGGGAAGUCUCCUGCGAGGAAUGAAGCGUCUACUAGGUCGUGGUGGGCCUUACCUUGAUCCAUUCAACAACGUCCUCACAACGGCCACAUCAAUCGCACCCUCAACAACCUCCCCCACAACCGCCUCAGCCUUCCUCUUCCCAAGCUUCAAAUACAUCCCCUCAAUACCCGCAGACACCGCAUCACCCUCAGAACAAAAAACUGACCUUGUCACCUUCAUCCGCGCCUAUCUCCUCCCAAAACGCCUCCACCACAUGCACUCCUCCCACAGAACCUCCAAACAAAAAGACAUGACCCGCGUCCCAGAACUAGCAUCGCACUUCCCCGACGCAAUCGACAUAAACCACUCUCCCACAAUCCUAAUCUGCGGCCAUGGCGGCCGAGACAUGCGCUGCGGCGUUAUGGCACCAGCACUGGAAACCGAGUUCCAGCGAGUCUUACAAGCGCGCGGAUUUACUGCUGGCAGUGAAGGUGCACGGGCGACGGUUGAUGCGCCGGACCAUGCGAAUAUCGGAUUGAUUAGCCACGUUGGUGGCCAUAAAUAUGCGGGCAAUGUUAUUGUUUAUAUCCCGCCUAAGAUGAUGUCCGGUGAGGAUGCUUCGGUGCCGCAUCCGUUGGCUGGGAAGGGGAUUUGGUAUGGGCGUGUUGAGCCGAAGCAUGUGCAGGGGAUUGUUGAUGAGACUGUCUUUGGGGGGAGGGUCGUUACGGAUCAUUUCCGUGGUGGGAUUGAUCGGUCCGGGGAUAUUUUGAGGUUGUAG